GAAAGUAGAGAACUUGAUGGCUAUGGCUUUUACCUGUUCUUCGAGCCUUCUUCUCCCUAAUUAUCCAAAACCCAAUUUUCACUAUGUAGGAAAAAGUGGUAAAGCCUUCUCCUUUCUUACAUUACAUCGAAAUAAAUCUGAGUGUGAAUCAAACCUAACUGCAGUAAAGUUUAGUACAAAGUUAAAGCAUCAGGAUGACAGGAGUUUACCCUUCCUGUCAAGAACCACCAUUCCAAAGGCUGUUUCCCAUGACAACACCAGUCCUGAGUUCGAAAAUCUGAUUAUCCGACAAAUUACCAAGGAUCAUCCUGCAAGUUUCUGGAAUGAUGCUUUGUUUUCUGCACAAAAUCAGGUUGAUGAAACACAUACCAAAGAGGUCGUUGAAACACUGAAGGAAGAGGUGAGGAGCAUGGUGAUGAACAAGGAAAGUAAACCAAAGGAUAAGAUGAUUCUCAUCGACACAAUAGAGCGAUUAGGAUUGGCCUAUCACUUCGAGAAAGAGAUCGAGGACCAGAUCGCACAGAUCUUCGAAUUCGAGAUGCAGAACGAGGAUAAAGACAUGGACCUUUUCGCGACUGCACUGCAUUUCCGAUUGUUCAGACAACAUGGCUACGAUGCUCCUAGCAGUGUCUUCAAUAAAUUUACAGAUGGCGAUAAUGAGCUCAAGGAAGCCUUUUCGAAUGACAUCAAGGGUUUGUUGAGCUUGUAUGAAGCAACCUAUCUAAGCUAUCCGGGAGAAGACAUCUUAAAAAAUGGCAAUGUCUUCGCAACCCGUAAUUUAAAGCAAGCCUUGCCUCUAUUGGAAUCCCCUCUUAAAGAGAAAGUAGCCCGAGCUCUAUUUCAACCGGUUCAAUGGGGUGUUCCUAGAGUCGAAGCUCAUUAUUACAUCUCAUUCUACGCGAAAGAAGUGUCAAAGAAUGAUAUGCUUCUAAGACUAGCCAAAUUGGAUUUCAAUUUGGUACAGAACAUAUAUAGAGAAGAGAUAUGUGAAUUCAUGAAGUGGUCGAAAGGCUUGGACCUCAAGUCGAAAUUUCCAUAUGUAAGAGACUGGUCGGUGGAAAUGUAUUUUUGGGUUGUGGCACUCCAUUUUGAACCUCGAGACUCAUUUCUACGAUCACUUGCCGUAAAGAACAUAGUCCUAAUUGGACUUAUCGAUGAUACGUAUGAUAGUUAUGCCACACUUGAAGAAGCAAAAGCUUUCUUGGAGGUUCUGCAAGAACGGUGGGAUAUCAAAAAAAUCGACAGACUUCCACCUUAUAUGCAGAUUAUUUACAAAAUUAUCUUGAAUACAUAUGAAGAGCUUGAUCUAGAACUGUCUAAACAAGGCAGAAGUUUCGCGGUUUCUUACGUUAGGGAAGAACUGAAAAUGCUUACUAGGAGCUACCUUACAACAGCCAAGUGGUAUAUGGGGCGCGAGACGCCAACAUUUCAAGAGAGUAUUUCUAUUGCGUGCGUAGACACUGGAGUCCCGGCCUUAGUGUCAUCGUGCAUGAUGGGCAUGGAAUGCGCCUCAAAGGAAGCAUUCGAAUGGCUCUUGAGGAGGCCUAAAUUUUUGGAGGCCACCGGUCUUUACAUUCGAUUGAGUAAUGAUAUAGGCAGCUAUAAACGCGAACACAAUGAAAGUGGAUUUCCAAAUACAUCAAUUGAUUGCUACAUGAAAGAUUAUGGUGCAACGGAAGAAGAAGCAAUGGCUAAGUUUCGCGAACUCGCCGAUGAUGCAUUGAUGAAAAUGAAUAGGGAAUGGGUUAUUACAAAGGGCGAGCCGAGGGAAUUUUUGAAGCUUGCGCUUAACUAUGCACGGGCGACGUUCAUUAGUUACAAUCAAGGCACGGAUGCGAUUACAUAUUCGGAAACAGGGCUGAGGAAAGACAUAGAAGCAGUCCUGUUCAAUCCCAUAGCAAUUGAUUCAACAGCUUGAAGGAAAUCGAUCCACAAAAUUUGGAAAUCUUGAGACCAUAUAUUUGUUUUUUCGAUGACACUAUUUACUGUCCAACGUAUUUAUUUGCAGCUAUUCAUGAGAUUUUUAUUUUUUUUUAGGAGUGUAUAAGCACAUGCCAAGUUUGCAUCGAGUAAUGGCAGUGAAGGAAUAAAGAGUGUUU